AAUAUGAAAGAGGCAAUAAAAGAGUUGGUUGAAAAGACACAUCAAGACAUUACAAUGAAGAUGCAAUUCAUAGAGCAGAAGAUUCUGGAUGCACAAAAUCAGACAACUAACUUGGAAAUUCAGCAAAAAGAAAUGGAAGAGCAGAAAUUGGAGAUUGACACACACUUUGAACAAAUACAAAGACACAGAGAAGAUCUGAUCAAUAUGAAAUCGGACAUGAUGGUACAAAAACAAGAAAUGCAAAAGAAUUGGAACGAGGAGCUGCUACUGGAGAAACAAGAUCUCAAUACGGAAAAGGAAGCAGUAGACAGGCAAAGCAAAUAUCUGGACACAGUUAAAGAAACAAUCAACAAAGACAACCUUGACUUGGAUAUCAUGAGGUCUGAAAUCCAGAAAGAAACAGAGGCACUGGAAAGAGAGAAAGAAAAGAUCCGGGAACAAACUGAGAUACUAGAAAGAGAUCAAUCUUUUGUGAGAGUAGAAAAAGAAAGACUUGAAAUGGCAAAGGCGGAACUCCAAGAAAAGCAAGACAAAGUUCAUGGUCUACAGAGCGAUUUGAACAGUGACAGAGAAAAGAUGGACCAUUUACUUCUUGAAGGCCAAAAGAAAAUCCAAGAACUUCAUAAAGAGAUACAACACAUGGCCCAAAAACAGAAACAACAAGAGCUUCUAGACAGUGACCUGAAACGAUUGACUGAUGAUCUCCAAAUUGGGCAGGAAAAUCUAAUAAAACAACAGGAGGAAGUUCAACGUUUUAAGAGUGAUGUCAUGAAUAAGAAGGAGGAGCUUAAAGUGAUCAUGGAAAGAAUCUUUGAAGAGACAGCACAGCUUGAACAAGAGAAGCUUGAUAUUCAUGAAGAGCGAAGAAAGGCCUUGGACGAAAGGACGAUGCUAGAAAGAGAUUUGUCGGAAGUAAGGAUGAGAGAAGAAGAGGCCAUGCAAACGAUAAGACACAACACAAAUAUGAAAGAGGCAAUAAAAGAGUUGGUUGAAAAGACACAUCAAGACAUUACAAUGAAGAGGCAAUUAAUAGAGCAGAAGAUUCUGGAUGCACAAAAUCUGACAACUAUCUUGGAAAUUCAGAAAAAAGAAAUUGAACAGCAGAAAUUGGAGAUUGACACACACUUUGAAACAGAUACAAAGACACAGAGAAGAUCUGAUCAAUAUGAAAUCGGACAUGAUGGUACAAAAACAAGAAAUGCAAAAGAAUUGGAACGAGGAGCUGCUACUGGAGAAACAAGAUCUCAAAUACGGAAAAGGAAGCAGUAGACAGGCAAAGCAAAUAUCUGGACACAGUUAAAGAAAAAAUCAACAAAGACAACCUUGAUUUGGAUAUCAUGAGGUCUGAAAUCCAGAAAGAUACAGAGGCACAGGAGAGAGAUCAAUCUUAUAUGAAAGCCGGAAAAGAAAGAGAGAACCUGAAUACACUAUCCUUAAAACUCAAAGAGCUGAUAAUUAUAUUACAAUGUACAGUAAGAAAACAUGAGGAAAUCAAAAUUAAACAACAAGAAUGUAAUGAUAAAUGGAAAACUAUGCUGAAUUCUUAUUUGCAUCUUGACAAAAUUAAGAUAGAUUUGAAAGCUCAAUAUGACGUUGUCGCAAAACUUCUGUGGGAUGUUAAGAGAAACAAGGGAAAAAUUGAACAUAUCUCUGUUCAAACCCAGACUAACUUUCCUCAAGAGCAGAUCAAACAAAAAGGCCCCGAAAUUCCCCAAAGUGCUGCCGACGAGAGCUUUAAAAGAAUAAUAAAUGAGGAUCCCAUACAACACAAUGAUAACGAUGACCACCAAGAGAACGCCACAACAGCUGAAAACAUUUCUACAAAAGAUGUCCAUGUCUCUAACCAAGAUAAAUUGCGGAAGAUGUGGAAAGAGACAAGAAUGGAACGGAGGGAGAUCGACCACAUGAAGAGCAGAGGUACCAAGAUGAGAAAGAACCUGGAGCAGAAGCUGCAGACCCUUCGCGACAUAGUCAAGAGGCCUCACUUGCAAAGAGAGGACAAAGAGCCCUCGCAGACAACGAGCAUAGAUUCGCAAGAGGAAGACCGAAUCCACCAGCAGCCAAGCAACCGAAAGAUGCUAGCUGACAAAUACAGAGAGCUUGAGCAACUUAGAGCACAGCUGCUUGGAAAGCUUGAGAAACUGAAAGGAAGCAGAUUCCGAAGAUGGACUAACGAUAGAGCCAUGCAGACAGGGCCAGAUCCCCACAGAGAGGUACAGCCACAGGGUGGGACAGUAAACGAACAAGAGCCUCAGGCUGGAAGGGGCUCAACAGGACUUCUGAGUCGACUUCAACGGUACUGCUGCCACAGCUGCUGCUGCUGUCCUGAGUGCUGUGGACACUCGUCCAAGGACGAGGCAUCCCAAGAUUAGGCGUAGAAGGUCUGCCAUAAACAGAAAGGAUGUUUCCAUGUGCUUGUUAUGCUUUACCUAACAGUGCUUUUGUUUGGCUUUUAUUCUGUUUUGUUGUAUACAGAUUGUUGUAUUGAUGCAUUACAUAUCUUUAGUAUAUAUUUAAAGAGUGUGUACUAAUAUAACAGAGACAGUUAAUUUAAUCUGACUUGUUGAUUGAUUGUUGUAGCUAUUAUCAAAAAGGAAGCGAAGAGUGGUGUUUUUGGGGACUUUUUGAUCACAUUCAUAUAUUAGUAUUAACCUAGUAAUGUUCAAAAUGUUAUUUUACAUUCAAACUUUCAUUAUUAUUGUUUGCUUUACAUAUACAUCAUAUACAUAUACAAACAAUACAUACAACUCAAUUUAUUUUAUUUGUCACAAUUCUACUGGACAAUCUUGAGUAAAAUUGCAAGUCAUUAAAAUAGUUUUAUUAAUUGAAAAUAAUUAUGUGCGAUUGCUUUAAAAAAUAUGGUAGUAUGUCUGUAUAUGUGGUAGUAGCCAAGAGUAAAGCCAGUAAAGGCUUACUAUUGCUGUAGAGAUGCCAUUAAUGAAAAAAAGAGAAUAAAAUAAAAAAUAUA